AUGGAUUCAAUUGAAAAUUACGGGAAAUAUGUUGGCUCUACUUCACCAAUACAGGACGAUAGUGCUGAAAGCGAACAUUUGGACGAUUCAGCAGAAUGGCAGUUGCUCGAACCUCUCUGUGACAUUUCUGUAAACGAGUCAGGAGAACAGGAGAAGUUUGGUCAGUUGGAUUCUUUAGAUAAUAGAAAUUAUCAGCAUUUCGGACGUGAACAACAUUCAUCUCAUUCAUCCUCAGGAAAUCGAGAAUUAAUACAUCGAUGGCAGCAGCUUGCGUCAUGGUGUGUGAAGCAUCCGGAUGAUCCCUGGGUAAAAUUCCAUUUCGAUAAAUUACCUGUGAGGGAGUGUAAACGUCACCGUUAUUCAUGUAUACAGCAGUGCUGGACUGUCGAUGAUGUGCAAGUGAAAUUGCAUCCAGAGCCUUUCGCUCGAGGCGCAAUGCGCGAAUGUUAUCGAUUGAAAAAACUCGGAUCGCGUGGUAAAAAUGAUGGUUGGGACCAUGCACAGAACUAUGUUGCCAAAAAAUACAUAAGAUGUGUUGAUAAAGAUGUGUUGUUCGAAGAUGUGAAGUUGCAAAUGGAUAGCAAGCUUUGGGCUGAAGAAUUCAAUCGUCAUCGUCCACCUAAAAAAAUUGACAUUUUUCAAGUAUGCAUUUUGGAAUUUCUUGAUGAAGAUGAACAUGCAUUUUAUCAUCUUGAGCGUUACAUAGAGGGUAAAUAUAUUAAGUACAACUCCAACUCUGGCUUUGUAUCAGAUGUUUGUCGCAAGACGCCUCAGGCCUUCAGUCACUUUACAUUUGAACGAAGUGGACAUCAGUUGAUUGUUGUUGAUGUUCAAGGAGUGGGAGAUUUGUACACCGAUCCACAAAUACAUACCGCAACUGGAGAAGGCUAUGGUAGUGGAAAUCUUGGUACGAAGGGUAUGGCAUUAUUUUUUCAUUCCCAUUUGUGCAAUGACAUUUGUCAAUCAAUGUGCUUGACUGAGUUCGAUCUUUCUGAAAGCGAAAGAAACGCCCUUAAGGAAGGUGGUAAUGUCGAAAGGAAUUGGAAUUCACUGACCAGAAGUAGUAGUAAUAGACCAGCAAGCAUUUGUUCAUCUCUGGUUGAAGAAAGAGGAGAUGCUAUGGAAGAACUGCGACGCAGAACAGUAUCAGCGAAUAGCUCGGGAAGACGUUCUUCGGCAUCAUCGUUUUGUGAUGAAGUUAGCAAUGAUACGCAGUAUUCUGAUAUGCGAUUUUCUAACGAUUGUUUUGAGCAAGUUGUGCAUGACUCUGAUAAGCCCGUAGCUAAAACACGAUUCACCAGUUUAUGUUCCUCAAAUUUAUUCGAUUCAGCUGAUAACGAGGUGAAAGAACGAACAUAUCACGAUCCUCAAUUCGGGAGUUUGAGUAGCUGCAGUUCGAAAAUGACUCGACGUAUUACUCAGGAAGCAGAAAGAGAAGCAUACUGGUGUGAAAGACGCAAGUUUUCACGACCAGCAGGGCUUUUAUCGGAAUCACAAAUCAAAGAACUUUCGGAAUUCUCGCAAAAAAUUCAUGGUACGAAUUGCAUCCUUGGCCAGAUACAUCUGGAUCUGGCACGUUAUCAUGAAUUGGGACAAUUUGUUAAGAAAUCGGCCUUUGUUUGUUCCGAGAAGGAGAACGUUUAUUCAACGGAAGAUUAUGAAAAAAAGAAUAAAGAAAAUUAUAUUGAGUACGACAAAGAUGCAGCUUUUUAUCAUCUUGACAUUGCUCGACGCUGUGGUGUUCUUGAAGCUAUAAUUACCAUGGCUAAAAUGGCUUUUGGUCAAUCUCAUGAGCUGCUGAAAGAAGUAGCUUGUGAAGAAGUAUGGAAAGAUGAUGAUCUGGAAGGGAUUGGCUUCGAGCUUAUGGAAUGUGCUGCAGAUAUGGGUGAUCAAUCCGCUGUCAUUUUCGUUGCGCAGGCAUAUGAAACGGGUCGUUUUCUGGGGCCAUUGAAAGAGCCCUCGUGGCCAAAAGCUGUUGCUUGGUAUGAAAAAGCUUUAAAUUUUCUUCAAAGUGCAAAAACAAACGAAAACGAAACACCUCACGAAGGUGUCCGUCCUCGUUACGAGUUGCUGGAGCGAAUGGCAGUUAUGUAUAAAGAGGGUGGAUAUGGCCUCUUGCAGGACUUAACGAAAGCAUAUGAUUUGUAUACUGAGGCGGCUAUUUCAGCAACUGAAGCGAUGCGAGGAAAACUGGCAACUAAAUAUUAUGAAUUGGCAGAACAAUGCGUAUAA